UCCAAUGGCGGCGUGCGUUGAGACGCGUAUAGCUCACGCUUUAGUAAUUUUUUUUUUAGCUCUAUGAGCGAGAGCUGUCUGAUUCUGUAAAUCAAACAACAUUUUACCUAUUGGAUUCGCAAAAUGGCAACCGAAGCAAAAAGAAUCAAGGUUGAUGACCACUCAGAACUUGAACCCCUGCAGAAUUUUCUACACUGGUGUUACAGAGUUGGCCUGACACUCAGCGAGAAGGUGUAUGUGAGUAAGGAGGGGACAGUGGCAGAGUAUGGGAUGCUAGCUAGAGAAGACAUAAAGAAGGGGGAGGUUCUGUUUACAAUCCCCCGAGCCGUUCUUCUCCACCAGGGAACAACCAAAGUUUCUGCCCUUCUGGAGAAAGAGAAAGCCUCUCUGGAGACCUCUUCAGGCUGGGUACCUCUGCUGCUGGCUCUGCUGUAUGAGUACACCUCCCCACAGUCAUACUGGAGUCCUUACCUCUCCCUCUGGACCAACUUCAAGAGCCUGGACCAGCCCAUGUUCUGGUCCAAAGAGGAGCGAGACAUGCUGUUGAGGGGUACGGGUAUUCCAGAGGCAGUGGACACAGACCUGAUGAACAUUCAGAGAGAAUAUACAACAGUGGUCCUUCCCUUCAUUGCUAGACAUCCUGAUCUGUGGAGUCCUGACACACACACCCUGGAGCUUUACACACAACUGGUGGCAUUUGUCAUGGCCUACAGUUUCCAAGAGCCCCUGGAAGAUGACGAGGAGGAAGAAGAGGAAGAGGAGAUGACCUCCCACCCACCAAUGAUGGUUCCCAUGGCUGACAUGCUUAACCAUGUGUCCAAUCACAAUGCCAAUCUGGAAUACACAGCGGACAAUUUGAAUAUGGUGUGUGUGCGUCCCAUUCAUAAAGGGGAAGAGAUAUUCAACACCUAUGGACAGAUGGCCAACUGGCAGCUGCUGCACAUGUACGGCUUCACAGAGCUGUACGCUAACAACAAUAAUGACACUGUUGACAUUCCCUUGACCAGCCUCUACAAAGUGAUUUUGCAAGAUGUUCAGUCUGACUUGAACCGGCAACUCCUAGAUGAGAAGUGGGAGAUGCUGUGUCAGACCGUGGGAGAGAAAGGAGCCUUUAUCUUCGGCAAACAUGGCUGCCUCACAGACACUGAGCUCCAUACCACACUUAAGGUGCUGUGCAUGUCAAAGGAGGACUUUGAGGACUUCAGGGAGAAUGAGGGCUGGGAGGAAGAGGAUGAGGAUGAGAUAUCCCUGGCUUUCUCCAAUGAUGGUCUCCCCAGCCUAAAGGCUCACUGGCGCCAGUUGAUCCAUAUGGCAGCAUGUUUCACUAUGGAUUCCUAUGGAGAGGGAACCGGGCAGGAAGAAAGCCGGGGGCUGGACGGCGACCGGGUGCUGAUGGAGGACAAGGUACUGCGAGGAGGGCUCAGCAGCAGGCAGCAGAGGGCGCUGCAGGUGCGCUAUGGACAAAAGAGCAUCUUGCGCAAACUGACUGAACUGACAAAGUCAUGAAUCCACAUGAUGCGGAUUGGGUCCAAUCAAGCUCAGACUCUCCCUGAUUUACAUGGUCAUCUGAUGUACAGCUUUUGAGCGUCCAUUCAUUUUUUUUUGCAUGAUCAUUAUGGUUUGCUAUCAUCUUUACUGGCUAACUGUUAAUGAAACUGAGCAACUCUAUCUUGUGUUUGUAUACAAGUGCCUAAAUUAAGCCAUUGGUUCUGUGAUCUAAGGAGAAACAUGAGUAACCCCCCCCCCCCAAAAAAAACCCCAAUGUUUAAAGUCUGUCAUAUCACACUGAUUACUUCCUGACUAUUUGAAAAUAAAUAUUUUCAUAAAAGUAUUGUCACUUUUUUUGGUUCUGUGGUUGUUUGGUUAGCAACAGUAUGCCUCCUAAAUUGUGCUGAUAAACUAUGUACAUCUAUGACAUGUAUAAAAGUGUUCCAAAUUCGACAGUAGCAGUCCUUUAAGCUAAGUGCAAAGUGAGCUUUCACACUGUUGAGCUUAAGAGGCAAACCCCAAUAUUGUUUGUGCUUACACAACAAAUUACUUCUACACAUAAAUCAAUUAAGUUGCUUGACAUUUCCUGGUUAUUUCUUACCUAGAGAAUCCU